AUGGCCAUGAAAGUCAAUGGAUCCCCCCAACAAUUCUGUGUAAAUCCUCUUGCACCUCUGCCCACUUGGCAGAAAAAGGGUGGGGGCUGCAGUGCUGGCCAGAAUGCAAAACUGAAGUCCAAUGUCGCCCCACCACCCUACACACCUCCCAUUGUGAAUGGUCCUAGACCAGCUGAUAUGCCUCCAAAUCCUGUCCCUCAGUCUUCAACAGCAGUAGCAACACCUGUCUUCCAUCAGUGCCCCACAGACUCCCAUCGCUUUGCUUUCAGUGUUCUGGCUCAACAGCCAGGUCAUAUUGUGCCUCCUGGGAUGGAACCUGACCUUCAAGUGCUCAAUAAUCCUUAUAUCACCAUGAUUCAGGGAGACCAAGUUCCCAGUAAUACAUCUCAUCUGCCAACACCCCAGCCCAACUACCAGUCUCGGUUUAUCCCCCACCAGCCACCUGCUACUGUCCCCAACUCUUGUAUUGACCCCUCCCUUGAUAGCUCACUCUCAUUGAGACAAACUUCAGCAACCACUGACAUUUGCCACAAGAGUUUGGAGAAGCUGUCAGCAGAGGGCUCCUCAGAAGAGGAGUCAGAGUCCUUGAGUAAUAACCCAUCAGACACAGAGGCUGGUGAGGUCUCCAGCAAUGAGUUCAACAAAGAUGAGGACAAUGCAUUUGGAUGGGGUGCAACAAAUCUUAGGCAAUCAACUCAUCCUGAGGUGCUCGUCACUGUCAUCAUUGAGUGGAAUCAAUGUGGUGUGCAAUUUGAAGAUGGUUACUGGCCUGACCACAAGCAAGAUAUGGCAUGCCUCCUCCUUGGUGAUAUAUCUACCUGGCAUUUGGAAUUGAAGUUGGUUAUGCUGGCAACCACACCAUCUGCAUUCAACCUUAUCCCUCCUUCUGAUGUUGCACCACAGGUUCAUGUACAAUGGAUAGAGACUGCUGCUGCAAAGCUCCUUGACAACUCACUUUUCCUGCAAGAUGGUUUCAACGAGAAUGGAAAAACCAGGAAUUUCGCUCACCCCACCCUCAAGGAAGCUGUCAUACAAUUCUACUGUACUGGGACCUAUCAAAUCACAGAUAAGCAUCCUGAGUCCUUCAACAAUUCAGUUCCCCUUUCCUGUCUGGCUCUCAUUGCAGCUGCAUAUCAUUGUGUGUUGGACAGAUUUGUGAAGAACAGCACAGGAAAGACAAUGCCUCAAUUCUCUGGCAAGGCUUACAAUUCCAUUUUCCAUGGCAUGAUGAAGGUGCUGAACAACAUCCUCCAUAAUCCCUAUCACAGCACAAGGUUGUGCAAUCAGCUUUCUCAGUGGGCAAAGGAAGGAUGGGCUGCACUGCAAGAGGUUGAUUCAAAUGUAGAGAGGUACCAGCACAUUCAAGUAGUCCUUGAUUGA